CAACACACACGUUUUAAGCUGUUAAACGAAUUUUUUUGUCAAAGAUCAUUGGAAAAAAGAACAAAUCAUCGUAUACAUAUAAGUACUAUAAAGAUACAAGAAAAGCCUACACUUGUGACGGAAAUAGAAAUGGCUUUUAAAGCAUUUUACCGUUUUCAAUUGUUCCAUACAGUUUUAAUUGUCCUGUCGUUGAUGGCAACAUGGACGCGUGCACAGCAACCAAGGCGUGAUGCUGAUUGGCCACCACCAGCAAUUCUAAAGAUGGCAAAACCAUUCCACGAUAUUUGUGCAGAAAAAACCGGUGUAACUGACGAAGCCAUUAAGAAGUUCAGUGAUGGUGAAAUUCAUGAAGAUGAAGCUUUAAAAUGUUACAUGAAUUGUUUGUUUCAUGAAUUCGAAGUUGUCGAUGAUAAUGGCGACGUUCAUUUAGAAACAUUAUUCCGCAAUCUACCGGGUUCUUUAAGAGAAAUGCUGAUGAAGGCUUCAGAAAAUUGUAUACAUCCGGAGGGAGAUACGUUGUGUCACAAGGCUUGGUGGUUCCACCAAUGUUGGAAAAAAGCUGAUCCAGUGCACUACUUCUUAGUCUAAGGUGGACAAUAUGGAUUUUGCUAGCGUGAAAAUGAUAUGGUUCAGAUGUAUUAAAAUUAAGUUUUACGUAUACUGUAUAUUUUUUGUUUAAUUAAAGCAAUUUUAAAAUAAUCUAACAA